AUGGCUACCAUCCGAAGGGCUACAGUACAGCCAUAUGGCAAUAAGCGAGAUGAGGUAGUUCAACUUGCAGACCUAGAUGUUAUUGAACCAAAGCUGUAUGUUCACAUAAUCGAGGUCUUUUCCUUGCAGCCCAACGCAGACAAGCAACAAAUACUCGAAAACCUGAUCGAGGGCCUCUCUCGGACCCUCGCUGAGUACCCGAUUCUGGUGGGCACACUGCACUUUGACAAUGAAGCCAACCGGAUUGUUGUGAAGAGGACACUAGCAUCCUCAGUGACCUUGACAAUCAAGGAGCCAGGUCCAGAUGGCGUGAACGACCUCGAGUCCUUCGAGUUCCUUGACAGACACGACUUCCCAGUCCACCUGCUCGAUGCAAGCAAGGUGCUUCCGUGCUCUGUGGUUGGAAAGUUGCCCAUCCCGGCGCAGGAUAUUUCGACAGAUGGUCCAGCAGUCUGCGCCUUCCAAGUCACCUUCAUCGACAGAGGUAUCAUCCUGGCACUUGCCAUUACCCACCAAGUCUCCGACGGCAUGGGCUGUGAGGUGCUGCUGACAAGCUGGUCGCGCAACUCGUAUGCUGUCUCCAAUGGCACAGCCGGUGGCAUCAUAGACGCAGCCACGAUGCCGGAGCGAACACUUCUGAGCGACAAAGGAGAGACCAUUGCCUCGCCGGAGGAGCUAAAGAGGCUCGGGGACAAGUUCCCGACCUACAAGGCCAGGGACGGGCCCCCGGCGCCGCCACCAGCAGACUUCCAGAUGCCGGUCGUUAAGACGCGAAUAUGGCACGUCCCGAAAAGCAAACUGAAGGAGCUGAAGGCACUGGCAAUCAAGCAAGCGCCAGGCGGUGGCGAGGGCUGGGUGUCGACGUACGAUGCGCUCCUCGCAAUCCUAUGGCGCGCCGUCGUCCGCGCAAAGCAACCACUGCUCAAGCCCGACCCAGCGGCGCCAUCCAAGGCCAUCCACGCCGUCAAUGCGCGGGGACGCACCGAGCCCGCCAUCCCUGAAAACUACAUUGGCGUGGCCGUCACGCUGCCCCAAUCUCCCGAGCUGACCGUCGCGCGCGUGCUCUCGCCCGACCUGGGCUCAACGCUGCCCCUCCUCGCCCGCGCCGUGCGCGCCGCGACGAGCCAAGUGGAUCCAGAGUACGUGGCAGACCUGAUCAGGUGGGCGGGCUCUUGUCCCAAUCUGCGGUGGGUCGAGCUGGAUAUGCACUGGGUUCUGGGGUUGGACUGCAUGGCUUUCGACUGGCAUACAAUGAAGUCGUAUGAGAUGCACGACUUUGGUUUUGGGAUGCCCGCCGCGCUGAGGUGGCCGCACCCGCAUUUCGAGGGCUUCUUCUUUGUCCUCCCGACCAGGACGACCAAGGACAACCCGGAUGAGGGCUUGGAGAUUUGUCUCGGGCUGGAGGAGAGCUGUUAUGCGAAUCUUCAGACGGACGAGGAGUUCUUGAGGUUUGCCGAGGAGAGGGGAAAGGACGUUUGA